AUGGCAUACAACACUCACCUCCAGGGCAAAUUUGCCCACAAGGUUGGAGAGCCUGUGCCAGAGUUCAACACCGACCACCCAAUCCAUCCUGCCAUCGUCCACUUUCCUAUUGCCUUCAACACUCUAGCAUGGGGCCUGGACAUCCUGUACGCACUGACCACGACAUGGGUCCAACCUGAGUUCUUGACUAGCCGGUUCUCAUCAGCAUCCACGCUCCUUGACAUCUCCCGCCUCAGCUACUUCCUGCUGUGCGCCGGUCUCGUCACAACCGUGCCGGCCAUCAUGUCUGGAAACAUCCAGUUGGUCGGCAUGAUCAAGAAGAACGGUGGACCGUGGGAGAAAGACGCCGCUGGCAAGGCCAAGGACACCAUGGUGCCCCGUAUCAAGGCCACCAUCACGCACGCCGUCAUCAACGACAUCGUCUUCGUUGUCAACCUGUACUCCUGGUACAUCAGGAAGGACAAGGAGGGUUACACCAACGUCGGCCACGCCCCGAACCAGACCAACCUCAUUAUUGCUUUCGUGCUUCUCCCCUUCUUGAUGACGAGCGCCAAAAUUGGUGGCACCCUUACCUACAACCACGGUGUUGGUCUUAACCUGGGCCGCAAGAAGAUUGUCGAGUAA